AAACAAAACACCCAAAAAAAAACACCCGAAAGGAGGAAAAAAAAAAGCGCGUUACACGGGGGCAUAUUGGGGAUCUCAAGACGCCAAUCAAUGAUCCGCGAUCCGGGGCGCAGCCGCGUCGCACCUGUUUCCAUUUCCCGACGCUCUCCGAAACGCAGUGGAAACUGGCAAUGGGCAAUUCGUCGCGCGUCCGCGGUCGCGAUGUGAUCGGUCGCCCGUCUCCGGAUCAACCUGAACACGCUCCACCGUCUCCACUGGCUUGUUUACGUCCCUCUUCGGCCACUACGGCAUGCUCUGACUGGAAAGGUCUAAAUUCGAAUCGGCAUCAGCACCAUGAGUUUCCUGAACACCUUGCAGGAGUACGUGAGCAACAGCGUCGCUGGAUUGACGCUGAAAAGUCCGAAACGGUUCUCGCUGUCGCGCACCGACACGUCGGAGCCGGCGUCGGCGCCGUCGAGCUCGCGCAGCAAUUCGGGCGACAGCAACACGCCCGGCUUCCCGAAGGUGGUGCCGACGCCGGGCGCGGCGGCGGCGGCGCCGCGUCGCCGCAGCACGCUCGAGUGCCCGAUAGCGUCGGCGCCGCGGCGGCCCGGCUCCUUCAGGCAGAAGUCGCCCAGGGCGACGCCCGAGCGACAGGGCACUUUCUGCUACCGGCGGCAGAGCUGGCCCGAAAUCGACCACCAGGUGUGCUCCGGCGUGCAAGAGAUCGACGGCUCCUACUUCGAGAGCUUCACGGCGUUGGCGUGGAAGCAGGAGAACCAGCGCCAAAGCAUCCUCAAGCUCACCGAGACCUCGUCGUCGGAUCCGCCGCCGCCCGAAAGCGAGCUCGGCCUCACGCCCAUCGACUACAACUCGCCGCAGCACGAGAAGGAGAAGCUCUACGUCGAGAUGCUCUACACCAUCGCCAACACGGUCGGAGCCCCCGCUCCCGGAGGUCAAUACGCCCACUACAAAGAGGACCUCUACCUCUACGGCCAGCGCGCCUUCAACAUGCCCCCCGACCGGCACUACCGCAUGCUCCACGUCGCCGGCGAGGAGCAGCCCCCCAUCGUCGUCCUCAGCGUCGUCGUCGUCGAGGCCGAAGGCCUGGAGGCCAAAGACGCCAACGGUUUCAGCGACCCCUACUGCAUGCUGGGCAUCCAGCCGAUGGCGGCGCCGUCGUCGCCGCAGCCGCUCACGCCGAACCGGACGCUGUCGGACGUGUGCGGCGCGAUGGCCGGCGACGGGCCGUUGCACGGCAACCAGGAGAAGCUGCGCAAGCACCACAGCUUCAAGUUGAGCUUCAAGCGGAAGGACGGGCGCGUGAGGGAGCAGCGCGACAGCCUGGGGGGCGCGCUGCCCGCCAAGUUCAUCAGGGCCACCUCCGUCAAACCGCACACGCUCAAUCCGAAGUGGAACGAGAAAUUCAGAUUCGACAUCGACGACAUCAACAGCGACUCGCUGCACCUGGACAUCUGGGACCACGACGACGAGAGCUCCGUGCUGGAGGCCGUUAGCAAGCUGAACGAAGUCCGAGGAGUCAGAGGCCUCGGGCGGUUCUUCAAGCAGGUGUGCCAAUCGGCCAGGCAGAGUUCCCAGGACGAUUUCCUCGGCUGCGUCACCAUACCGCUACAAGACAUCCCGUCGACGGGCCUGGAGGGCUGGUUCAAGCUGGAGGCGCGCUCGCAGCGCAGCUCCGUCCAAGGACGGAUCAAGCUGAAGAUGUGGCUGUCGACGCGCGAGGUGCGCGGCGUCGCCGACGACGACAACUGGACGGAGCUGACGCAGCACGAGAACCUGUUCGCGACGUUCGUCGACUACGAGCUGCGCAAUUGGGCGCGCGAAACGUGGACGUGGAGCGGCGACCUGCCCGGCGUCGCGCUCACCGUUCUGCACCAGCACGCCGUGCAGGGCGACCUGAGCGAGCUGCAGACGGCGAUGGCGCGGUUCGUCGCCGCCGCCCGGGUGUACCUCAAGUACCCGUUGGAUCCGCGAUGGAUCCUGCAGCUGUUGACCGACGUCGAAACGUCGUGGGUGAAUUGCACGUUGACCAGGGAGGAGGAGAUGUGGCUGGCCGAGAAGUUCACCGCCAUGCAAGAAAGGUGGUUGCAGCAGUUGCGCCAUCACCGUCAAUUAUUCCCCGCUUUGCAUCCGCCGUCUUUGGCGCGACUGGAAUUCAUUUUGAGGUGCUUGGCUUAUCUGUCGAAUAUGAAAGCUUUCUGGAAAUGCUGCCCGUUCAACAAGGAGAUCCGCGGCGAGAUCGUGGCGACUUUGAGAAAGGGCACGCCCGAGUGGUUCAGAUCCCUGAAGGUCGCCAUUAUGACCUCGGACGAGUACGAUCCCUCUUUCGUCGAUUUCUGCUCGGAAUUGUACGUGCAAUUGAAGCAGGCCUUGUCGCAUUAUCACCCGCUUUUCGAAGGGACCAACGGCAUCCCGUACUUCAGCGUCGUCUUCAAGCAACUGGACCAUCUCAUCUCCGACGAGGUGGUGGCCUUCCUCAACCAGAACGAGCACCCGGACGCCGCCUACAACCGGCUCAUCUUCUCCGUCUACCUGGAGGUGAAGGACCUGGCGACGUUCCAGCAGAACCUGCCGAUGGGCGGCGAUCACAAGCUCCUGCUGCCCCGCUGCCACGAGUGGUUCCAGCCGUCGGUCAGCUGCUGGCUCAACGUCUGCAAGGGCAAGGCUCUGCAACGGGUUCGAACGUGCGUGGACAUCCAAAAACCCUGCGACGGGGACAAGUUCGUGCGGCACAGCUCGUCGGCGGUGGACGUCGUCACCAUGUUCUGCCAAUUGCGCGACUUCUGGCGGCUGCUCCAGUGGCCCAAGGCCCACUCGAUCCUGCUCCUCUCGCAGCUGCUCGACUGCAUCUGCUCGGCGGCGCUGCUCUACGCCGACAUCACCUACCAGAGCCUCAUGGAGACCGGCUACUUCGACCGCCUGGGGCCCUUCAGGAUCUGCGACGAGAUGUGCGUCGCCGCCAACAAUCUCGAAUACGUUUAUAAAUUCGUAUCGUUGUUAGAGAAUUACUUCGAUUUCGUGACGCUCGAGACCAUAGCUAGUGAGAUGCAAUUCGCCGUACUGACCAAUCAAUUGGACAGCACGCUCAGCCAGUUCCAGGUGCGCAUCAGGGACAUCGUCAAGCGGGUGGGGCCCCAGAUGCAGGAGGCCCUGCGCAAGGCGAUGUUCCACGUCGCCUGGUCGCCGGACACGCUGCCCACCAACGAGGCCGUCGAGCCGCUCUUCGACUAUCUCCAAGGACACCUGCAGGCCCUCAACAUCGCCCUGCUGCCGCAGAACUUCCAAAAAGUCCUGCAAGAGGUGUGGGAGUACACAUUGUCGGAGCUGAACUACCAGAUGGACAGCGGCUCGAACAGCGACGAGACGCCGUACAUGUUCCACGAGCGGCUGCACGCCGCGCUGCAGCUGAUCGUCGAGUUCUUCCACGGCGACGGGCAGGGCCUGGCGAUGCCGGGCCUGCAUUCGCCGGCGUACCAGCAGAUCGAGCAGCGGCUGCAGUACCACCGCACCGACACCGAAUCGCUGAUGGAGAUGUUCUACGCGCAGCGGCUGCAGGACCAAUUGAACGCGACGGCCUGUCCGUACGGCGUGCUGGCCGUCCGGGCGUAUUUCAAUCACGAUUCGCUGUGCGUUGAGGUCCUGCACGCCAGGGACAUCAUCCCGCUGGAUCCGAACGGUUUCAGCGAUCCCUUCGUCAUCAUCGAGCUGUUGCCGCAUCGCAUUUUCCCGCAUUGCAACGAACAACAGACGAACGUGCACAAGAAAACGUUGCAUCCGAUUUUCGACGAGUGCUUCGAAUUCAGCGUUUCGUUGGAGCAAUGCAGACAUCCCGGCACGAUGAUCGCCUUCACCGUCAUGGACCACGACGUGUUGACGGCCAACGACUUCGCCGGCGAGGCCUUCCUGGCGUUGGGCAGCAUACCGGGCGUCGCCGAUACCGGCGCCGGCGUCGAUAAUUUCCACGGGCUGAAACCCGUCGAGCUCGUACUGAUGCAACAGCACCAAAGAAAUCAUCCGAUUUUGCAGAUUUUGGAAUGCCGUUCGGGCGACAGGCUGGCGUUGGAGUUCGUGAAAAGGCAGAAACAAAGAUUCGCGGUGAAAUAAACGCAAACGAUUGGAGUAUAUGGAGGGAGAGGAGUUUGUUUGUUGUAUGUGAAUGUAUGAGUGUAAAUUGGAUUAUUCCGCCAAAAUGGAAUCUAUCGCUCUGUAACUUCUGUAAAUAUUAUACGUAGAUGUACGAGUAUAAAAUGCGUAUCCAAUGAACUAGCAGAUGUGGCAUAUAUUUUUACUGUAAUUGUAUAAUUGAAUGCUCGAAUAAUUGCGUGGAGUAAAUUAUCCGUAAAUUUCUCCUGUAUCCAAAUUAUUUUGUUACUCGUUCAUUUUCUAUCUAAUUAAGCAAAUGAAGCCUUCUAGUUUAUUGGAGUUAAUGUAUAUAAAUGUAUUUUUCCGCACCUUUAUAAAUGUUCAGUUAGGAUUAGAUCUGCUAAAUGCGAAGGAACGCGCAAUUGUUGUGCAUUUCUUAAAGCUGCUUGUUCGCACCGAUAAUACAUUAAAUUGCACACAGAAAUGUUUCUGAAGAAAAUACCGCAUCGGCGGUUACUUAAACGAAUAAAAUUUUAUCAAAGAUAUGUUUCUCCAUAGAAUGCGAUCGAAGUCGCUCGAUGUAUAACAGAAAAAAAAGCUUAAGAUUCAUGCAUCUGUAGAUAAAGGGCGUAUAAAGAUAAGCUAUCUUUAGAAUUCCUACUUUUCUAAUGCCAUAAAAUAAUUUGUAAAAAAUAUUCGAAAAAUUUUAGAUUCGAACGUAGAAAUUAUCUGGAAUAUAUGCAUUGGUUGGAAUUUAUAUUUGUUUCAAAACAGCGGAUAAAUAUCAAAAAUACCCUCUUAUGAAUAACGGACUCAACUAAAGUUAAAUGAAUUAUCAAUUUUGUACAAUUUUAAUUGAAACCUUUGAUAAUCUACAUAUAUCAAUAUUCAACUGUACUGAUUACAUUUCGAUAUUUUCAAGCAUGCCAUUAUAAUCGUGAUAGAACAGGCAAAAAUCAAAACUAGUUUAUUUUUACAAUAAAAAAACAUUUUUUUUAGCAAAAAAAUGGGACAAUCAGUACAUUGAUCAAUUACACCUACCCAUAUCACUGUAACGCAUAAUCUGACAGAUACUUCAAACAAUACCCACGAAUUUAACUUGUAAUAUUUUAUAUUUAUAUUUUUCAAAAAAAAAUGUAACUGAUUAUUAGGGAUUAAUAAAAUAUAUAUUUAGAGUUAUACAGGGUGUCCUCAGACUCGAAAUAUUUGUACUUGUUAAGAGACACACCCUGUAUUAUAAUAAUUGAAAAUUGGCAAUUUUCUCACUGUCGAAAAACAUUUCAUUCCGUCCACUAUACUAAACAGAAAGUUGAAAAUAAAUUCUCGAUAUAUUUUAAAGGAAAUUCCAACAAUAUUCGCACGAGUUAACUUAACAGUACGUAUUUAUGGGUCAUAAAAAUUAUACAGACCGUGAGAAAAUGUCAUAUUUAUUAUAUAUUAUACAAAAAAAGGCAAAUUAUAGUGCUGCUUAUAUAUCAAAUAUAUUCGAAGCUAAAAUGUUAUAGCAUCCAUCUGAUCUAAAAUGUAAGAAUGAUUUGUCAAAUAAUAUUUUUGAUACAACUAUUUUACGAAAUUCGGCGAAUUAUAUUUACUUUGCAAUAAUCGGACGUUAAAAUAACGAAAUACUUUGGCAAAUCAUUUUACGAAAAAUGUCCCUUCACGAACCAAAAAUGGCAAUCAACCUACCAAUUAUACGUAUAAUGUAACCCUAGAUUAUAUUUCUGUUACCACACAA